GGUCAACCCCGUUCUUCAUUUCCACUUUUGGCUUCUCAUUGCCAAGCCACACACAACAUGAUGUACUUUUUCCCGCCCAGUGCGGCGCCGGCGCGCAAGCGUAACGUCACCAAGCCCACCGUCACGGGCGCGUGGUCGCCGGCCGAGCACAAGCGCUUCCUCGUUGCCUUGGACAAGUACCCAAGUGGCCCGUGGAAGGCCAUCGCGGCGCACGUCGGCACGCGCACCCCGCGCCAGGCGCAGACGCAUGCGCAAAAGUACCGCGAGAAGCUCGUGCGCAAGCUGCAGUGCCCGACCAACACGGGCGGCAUGAUGCGGCUCGUCAAGGAUGAGAUGGCAAGCCUUCCAGACGAGUCCAUUGACGCGUUCACGCCCCUCAAGCUCGAAGCGAGCGCCAACCUCGGCCCGUUGACAAGCCCCACUCCGGUGGAAGCCACCUCACUUUCGUUUGACGACUGCCUCGACUUUUUCAUCCGCGAGAUGGACGCAUGACACGCUCCGAUGACGACAAUAUGUUAUCUGAAUGUCACCGAGUCGCGUACAUUAUUUACGAGGGAACAAUAGUGUCAAUAUUGACGUUUCUAAAGGAGAUUGCUA